UAUCUCGACUGUUACUGCACUCCAUCUGGCUUCUGGACACCCGGUCGAGGAAGCAAUGUUCAGUAUCAACUGUUUAAUGGCGCGGAUUCCACUGGAAACCCAUAUGGUGGCAUCAGUAUGGGCGAGACGUACGCCCCGACUGGUCAGAGGCUAGAGCAAUACUGGUUUCUGAGAGAGGGGGAAACAGGUCUGCAUACCUUCAGUCGUGUGGUAUACAAUAACAAGACUACUCCCUUUUUGCGCAACCUGCAAGAGUUCCGCACGCUGUUCAGACCCAACCACGAACCCGCGCUCUUCACGCACUUCGUUACAAACGAGAAGUUUGCUGCACCCCGCCCAGAUACCGAGGGACAGGUCACUGUUCAAGACGCUACAUGGUGGUUAGCCAACAAGGAAGAUCCUUACGUUACUGGUGUAGGAGACUACUUCACCAAGUACACCUUUCAAGACACGUGGCGUGAUCACAAGGCCCAUGGUAUGUACGCCGACGGUACCGGUAGCGCCAACGGCUCAACCUACGGCGCCUGGCUCGUACAUAAUACGGUCGAGACAUAUUUCAACGGCCCCGUGCAUUCCGACCUCGUCGUCGAUGGCAUCGUGUACAACUACAUGGUCUCCAACCACCAUGGCGAUCAGACACCUAACAUUACCGAUGGUUUCGACCGUACCUUUGGGCCACAAUACUUCCACUUCAACUCAGGCGGCUCGCUCGAAGAACUCCGAGAAGAUGCCGAGCAGUACGGUCUUCGUCCAGAAUGGAACGCCGACUUCUAUGAUUCCAUUGCAAAGCACGUCCCAAACCUCGUCCCAACAUCCGGUCGCGGUACCUUCAACGCAAAGAUCAACCUGCCCAAGGGAGCCAAGAACCCCAUCGCUAUUCUCACCGAAAGUGGUCACAACUUCCAAGAUAACGUCUUCGACACGAAAGCAUACCAAUACUGGGAAGACAUCUCCCCCACCGGCGAAGUCACGAUCCCCCGUGUAAAAGCCGGAAACUACCGCCUGACAGUCUACGCCGACGGUAUCUUUGGCGACUACAUCCAAGACGACGUUUCCGUCUCCGCAGGAGAAGACACUUCCAUAACAGCGACAUGGACCCCCGAAUCCGCCGGCACAGAACUCUUCCGCAUCGGCACCCCCGAUAAAUCCUCGGGCGAAUACCGCCAUGGCUACGCUCAAUCCCCCACGCAUCCCCUCCUCACAGAAGAAUACCGGCUCUACUGGGGUGCUUACGAUUUCAUUGACGAGUUCCCCGAAGGCGUGACGUAUAAAGUCGGUACGGAUGACGAGUCCCAAGCACUCAACUACGUACACUGGGCUGUCUACGGCGGAAAAGCAAACUACGAGCGUCCGGAACCUGUUCCUGAUCAUCCUUACAACUGGACUAUUCUGUUUGAUGCCAAGGCGAACGAAUUGAGGAACAGGACUACGGCGACGUUUACCGUGCAGCUUGCUGGUGCGAAGACAGCGGCAGGGAACACGGAUGUGUUUAAUGCGAGUGAGCCGUAUUCAAAUCUGCCGUACACGGUUAAUGUGAAUGGGGUGGAUCUUGAACCUUGGGUUAUUCCAUACAAUCAAUCCUCAUCCUGCGCCGUCCGCUCAGCGGUCAUAUGCUACAAUCUCGCGCACAAGUUCCUUUUCCCAAGUUCUAUGCUGAAGGAAGGAGAGAACAGUCUAGUUCUUAGCUUGCCGUACAACGGUACCAAUUAUGAGAGUGCAUUAUUGCCGGAAUCGGUGUAUGUCCAGUAUGACGCGAUGAGAUUGGAGGUGAAGUAGAU